CAUUUUGUUGCAAGAGAGGCGACUAGGUUACAUAGCUUAAAGAUGGCGGCAAAACAUACGUUCUCUUAAAACAGUGAUCAGAUGCUGAUUUACAGAAGAGAAAGUCAACGAACACUAUCUUUGAUACUAGAAUUAGCAGAAUGGAUCCGCGAAUACAAGCUAUAUUAGCGAAAUACGAAAAUGAUGAGAAAGGAGAAGCCGAAAAACAUGCCGACAAGCCGGCGACCCCUGAGCCGCCGAAAACGUAUGAGCAAUGGUUGGAAAGACGACCAGCUGGUUUACAACGAUGGCCCGAUGAUGUGGAUAUUGGAAAGGAGUUUGAAAUAUCAGUUGCUUCCGUCGGAUUAGGGAGUUUGGAAGAAAUAAUGAAAGAUUUGGGGCGUCAUGCUCGUAUCCUUUCAAUUUAUCUCAGUCUUCUCCAUGCAAUAGAAAACGUAAACACAGAAACGUACAGUAUUUGAAGUAAAUCUCUCACUCCCAAGAUGUAAGUAUUAUUUUCUUUACCUUCAGUUAUAAAUUUUUUAGUAAAGGGGAUACAUUUCUAAAGAAACUGCGUUGCUGCGUCGGUGUGGUGUAUUACACAUGAUAUAAUUUGGUUUAUCAGCUGAGUUGAUAAAGUGAAUUGGCCACCGUAAAAAGUUUCUAAUGCUGACGUUUCGAAAGCGUUAGUCUUUCAUCAGAGCAAAUGACUAAGGGAAAAAUGCUUGAAAUGUCAGCGACGCAUUUCUCAGAAUGGCAGGUCUGACUUUGUCAAUUUAUAGUCAACCGGCCAGUUGUUGAGAACACAGCAAAUGAUCGAUUAUGGUUUUAUAGUCAUAUAAUAGUUUUUCUUCACCAAUGAAGUUACUGUUUAAUCUGCAUAUACACUGUAACUUCACACGAGGAUUAAAAGAACCAAUCAAAGACAGAAAAAGUACAUUUCUUACCCGAGUUUAUUGGAGAGUGAACAUGAUAAGAGCAGAUUUUCUUUGGUAGGAAUUAUCCUGUGAAAACAAUUAUUGUUUAUCUGUGCUACAUUAGUUGAUGGGCCUAGUAGUUUUUUGAAUGAAAAAUAAUUGACGAUUUUUCUUAACUCGGUUAUUUUUAAUAAGCAUUGGACAUUGGCUUGAUUGAUGAGGUAAGCAAUGAAAUAAAAGAAUUGGAAAAGAAGCUUACUGUUUAUGCAAGUCAGGUUUUGACAGACAAGGAGAGACCACAGAGUAAAGCUGAGACAAUGAGCCCAGCAAUGAUGAAAGGUAAAUAAACAUCACAGAUGUAGAUUAUUUCCUUCUCAGAGAGGCCAAGAAGGAUCACUGUUAUUGAGUGCAUGGUGUAGAUGAUUUGGUUUGUAGUGCAGUACUAAACCUAUUGACCCUUGAGAGUGACUAGCACCUACUGUGAUUUCUCCUUACAGUAUCACCACUGAAUUGUAAGUGACCAAGACGGAAUUUCUCCUUCCAAUAUCAAUACAAUGUCAAGAAGACAAGUGAUGAGAAUAGAGAAAAACAUCAGUCAGGGGAUUAUAAGUUGAUCCAAUACCAAAUUCUCCAAACUAACAUCACAAGAACUGUAUGGCAGGCAGUAAGGAGAAUUACUAAUAAGAUCAUGGGAGUUAAAGGGUUAAGGUCACAAGGAUUAUGGAAAUGAUCAUAUACUAACAAAGGUCUCAAUUGUUUAAGAAAUUCUCCUUGUCAGCAUCUUAGGACAUUUAUAAAAAACACCAUGAAGAAUAUGCGUACUUAUGUCAGGGUAUAAAGGGUCAGCUGGUCUACAGUAUUAACUUUUUUUUAUAUCUGUUAUAAUUGUGGCUAACAAGUUUUUUUUGGGGAACUUCUUUAACUUUAUCUCUGGAUAUAUGGGUAUGCACAUACAUGUAUAUACUUUUAUCUUGUGCAGCUUUACAAACAAGUGCAGAUAUUCCUGCGGAAGUGAUAAACAAAAAGGAAAAAGCUGUAUCUUUGGUAAGAAAGACAUUUAAAAAAAUAGUUUUUGGUUAAAUUACCAAUUUUUAAGUAUAAUAAUUACAUGUUGCAUUUCUUAACACCUAGUCUGACUACAGUGAAGACUGAUAUCCUAACAAGAAGUGCAUAAAAAUUUAGGACAAAAUAUCUUUUGAAUAUAUUCAAGGAAAAUUGAGUUUUGGAGAUGUGAACCUUUAGAUUCAUAGUUAUGCACAUUAAUUAACAUUGUAUCUUAUGCAAAAAUCAGAGGUUGGAUGAUUGUAUAUUUGUCUUCAUUUUAACAGUAUGGCCUUGCAGAUGAACAAGCUAACAGAAUGAAAAGUGUUCAGGUACAGCUCAAUCAGACUCUACAAAUGUGUUUACUUUUUGACCAGGUGUGAGGUCAAGAUGGCUGGAAAAUAUUGGCCCUCUUUUUUCCAUUUUUAUGUCCUGAGACAAAGUCGCUAAUAUCCAACCAUCUUGAUGGAAUAUGCUUCGUCAAUUAAGGAUUUAGUAUAUGGUAGAAUAUUUUAAUUUAUUAAGAUCAGGAAUGACUAGGUUAUUCUGCAAGCAGGAAAAGACAGCCAGCUGUGUUUGUAGCACAAUAAAUCUACAAGAGUUGAUUUUUUCCUUUGUUUUGAUUUUCUUCUACCACUUUUUGUGGCUCCAUUGCCAGCAUUGUUAAAAAAAACUUUAGACUUUGUAAGUCUGCUCCACACAUCAGGCAAACUUGAUUAGCCCAUCUUGGUUGCCUCGGUAGCCAAUAAGAAUGUAGUAUUUGCUUCAUAUUGCCCUCAGGCCCUGUCAGUGAUAUGAUUAUUUUCAUUAUGCACCUUGUGCUCAAAGUUACACACCACACUGAUUCUUGUUGCAUGUUUGAACAUGAUAUCUUUUUCCUCUUUUAUACAGUUCACAUCUUACCCUGGAUUUUUUCCUCAUGAAGUAACACCAUUACCAGGCCAACUGGAAGCACCUCAGCUAUUGAACAGGGUUACAAAGGCUCAACAAUUCCCUGUAAGUUGUAUCAUUUAUUUCAUGGAAACUCAGGGAUUUCAUUCUGAUCUGUAAAUUUAUUCAGUCAUGUAGGUCAGUGUGAUGUAGGCACAAAUUGUAGUGGUUCCUGAGGUCUAGGUAUCUACUGUGUGGAAAGUUAAGUUAUUUCAUAUAUACUAAAGAUUUACACUGUGAAGUUACAUCAUUCAUGUCUCUGAUUGGACCAACAGUGUAUUUUCAUGGGUAGUUCUUUGUUUCCAAUCUUUGAAUUGAAAUGUGAAAAAAUCUCUGCCAGUAAUUACUGUAUGGAAUAAAAACAUUAUACCAUGGAAAGUGCUUGAAUGAUUUUUAUUCACUAGUUGUGAUACAGCAAAAAACUCACUCAUUUGCCACACUCACUUUUUCUUUUUUUUUUUAUGCUUUCCUACUCGUGAAUUAAAAUUGUUUCCUUCGCACUUUUUAUGGAAUAAUCUCUCUUUAUCAGCAAGUGAAAUUAACAAGGAAGAAGCCAUGCCACCUGCAGUUGUUCUUUUUCUACAUCUGUAUUUGCUGCAACAAAGGACUAAUGGUUGAUAGAUCAGCUCUAAAAAUUUGUUGACUUAAAAAAUUUGUUUACUCACAGUUGAUGACCAAAUAUUGUCCUGGGCUGUUUUAUAUAGCACCUAGUUCAUUGAUCAAAUUUGUUAUCAUGUUACAGUUUUUUUCUUACCCAGGGACCUGUUUCUCAAAUGUCUCAGUAACUUAAUGGGUCCACAGCCAUGCAGUGGAUUUUAAAAUCAAUAUCUAAGAAUAGAAAGCAGGUUCUGCCACAUUAACCAUUCCAUUUUGUUUCUUUUUUAGCUGAUAGUUUUAUGUAUAAUUUUCCAAAAUUUUGAAAACCAUACCAUGAAUGGAAGUGGAACAGUUUUACAGGCCUGUUAAGUGACCAGGAACUUUGAGAGAGCAGCCUCAGGACCCUUUGAUUUGCAUAUGAUCUUUAAAACCCAAAUUAAUCUUCUGUGUUAACUCCUCCUUCAAUCUGUUGAUUUAUGGAGGGAUGUUUUUUUUGCAACAAUUGAUGAUUUAGUUAAAAAAUUUUUUUCCAAGUUAUUCAUGAGUUUGUCAGAUACUGAACCAAGACAUACAGUUCAAAUUAUCUGUGUCCAACCACUUUUUAUUUUAUUCCAGUCAAUUCUCAGGAAGAGAUGGAAGAAACUGUUUUUGUCUGAAGGAUCUGUGAUUUUGUUGCAGGUACAUCUGUUUAUAACUGCUCAUAAUUAUUUUGUUUUGGUUUUGACAUACAGUACAUGGGAACAUUUGACAUGUGAUUUAGUGGAGUUACAUGUAUUGUCUUAAGAUGGAAAAGUAUUGCUAAAAUCAAUAGGAGAUAGGGUACAUGAGGCAACUUUCCAAGUGACAACUUUAAAGAUCAGACAGUUGGUCAGUUGCCUAGUUGGUUUGAUCAGUUCACUCAUUUUGUCAGUCAGUUGUAAAAAAACAGUCUGUUAGUAUAGCAUAUCUGGGAAUAUUAAAUUAUCAUAAAAUUUUUGUUAAUGCAUCAUUAUCUUAAAUCUCACUUUAGUUGAAUCCCUUUUUUUUGUUUUCUUCUUAGGAUACUUUCUGGUGGUUCUUUCUGGAAAAAUUUCAGGUAAAGUCCUUCUUAAACAUGAGACGCUCAUUGACGAAAUCCCUAAAAUUGUUUGUUCUAGUUCAUUUCGCUUCUUGAUUUGUCUAAAUUUUUCACAAAGCUUUCUGUGAUCUGAAGUUGGAUGACCAGCUGUGAUGUAUGUGUAUUGAUGAAAUAAGGAAACAUUCUCUAAAUCUGUGUGUUUAUACUUCUGAAUUUUUCUCUUCUUAGCCUGAUUCCAAGGACGCUCAAGAUGGCUUGUUUAACCGAAUUGCUGACAGUUUUGUUGCUUUGUUCUUCGGUGUUAGUCCUGAUUUUAAGGACAGGUUCUUUCAGGUAAAAUAAACUAUCAUCUUUAAGGUGCUGUACCUAUCCCUUUGUGAAUCCAUGAAGUACUAAAGGGAUUAGUCCAUUGAUUUUAAGUUUUUGUGAGCUUUUCGGUGUGGCAAUGCCCUCGUUCUUGAGAGAGACAUACCAUCAGUUUCUCGGAAGAGGAGAUAGAAAGAGAAAGAGUUCAGUUAUAGGCUAAGCGCGCUUGGUUUCCCUUAACUUUUCUUUUGUUACUUUGGUGUUGGAAAAAGCUACUUUAAGACAGAAUGGAACCUGGUAAUAACAGUUACUAAGGCAGGUGAACACAAAAGUGGUAUUGACUAUUCUAAAAUGAACGAUGGUGGUUAACCAUGAAGAAAAUUAACUCGGAUUGCAAAUGGCGGUCUUGAAAAAGUUACGAUAAUUUCCAAAGAUACUUAAGCCAUUACCUUGGUCUUUUGACUAAAGUUACGUAAGCCUUCAGCCUUCAGUGCCAUCAGGAAUAUCUAUUCAGUACUCUUCAAAGCGCUGCUCCAAUGCAUGUAGACACAACUUGUUAUUUUAUGUUUUUUUUUUUUUAAAUUACAGUAUUUUCCGGACUGCCUGGCACAAGCUGUGUACGCUGCAUACUGUGAGGUUUUCCCAAGAUCUUAUCAGUUGUUUGAUGAUGACUUCAAAAGUUUUCUUCUGAACACUAUCUCAGAAUGGGUGACAGGUACAUAACGCACACAAGAAAAUGCUUUGAAAUCAGCGCUCCAGGCUGCAACCAUUUUGGUUGCCAUGGCGAGCAAUGGGAAUAAACUAAAUGUGUAGCUUUAGUGUCAUCAAUUUGGCGAUCUGUCUUUGACGCUCAUGAAACAAGUUGUAGCGCGUUGCUUACCAAGUUUAACUGUGUCAGUAAUGAGCAUUUAUUGUCAUUGCUCCUGUCUUUUCUUUCAUAAAAAAGUGCCUAUUUCUCCUUAGUCGGAUUAUUAGCCUUCAGAUGUCAUGUGACUGACUGCCAGAAAAAGAGGAAAAAUUUCAAUCAGCGUUUUUUUUGGCCGCGCACGUUUUUGACCCUAUAAAUAAGAUUUUGAUUUCAGUGAUUUUGACGAGUUUUCUAAUUUUUAUUCCAAUUGGGUCGUAGGCAGGCUAUGGAGUACGGAAUGAAGGGGGAGGGGUGGGAACAGGCAUCGUAUUUGAUGGGCUACAGCCAUACCAUCUGUACAGAGAUGGGUAGAAUUAACCGUGGUUGGUCAUUCUACAGAAAUUAAGGAAUAAAGCACUUACUGCUCCUCCUUAAAAUGUACAGGUACCAGGCCGCCACCCUUCUCGUGGAAGAAAUGGAACCUAAAACUUUUGGAGCCAAGCAAUAUUCGAGAACUGCAAGAUGAUAGGACUCAGUCACUCAAAGGUAAGGAUUUGGUACUAAGGGAAUUUUGCAAAUAGUAAAACACGAUGACAAGUAAUCAUUAUGCCUGCUGCUUGGUUAUGCAAGCACGUGUGUCCCUGUAGCACAUUCCCGUGUUCAGUGAGACGGGACAGCAGUUAUUGUAGUUGGUAAUCUCAGAGUUCGAAAUAUAGUCUGGACGUACCAAACAAUUAAAUGCUUCGAAGUGUUAAGAAAUCUGAGAGAGUUUGUAUGUGUGUGUGUUUAUUUGUUUCUUUUUUGUUUUGUGGUUACUUUUUUCAGCUAACAUGUCGUUUGAUCUGGACUCAUGCUUGGAUGAUUUGGACACUUUCCCCACCAGUAAGGAGAAAGCUGGGACAUACACCGCUCCGUAUUCCCCCUCCAGAAUGGGACUGACAACCAUUCCAACGUUCGAUAAUGCAGAAGUAAGUUAAUCUUAGAGCACUUCAACGACGUUAUUUCCUUAACCCUUUACACCCUAACAUCAGUAUGCAUAUUCUCCAUACUGUUCUCUAUACAUUUCCAAAGGUGCUUAGGGUUAGGGUUAGGGUUAGAAUUUGUUAAAAAAUCAAGAGCUUCUUUAGUUGGUGAUCAUUUCUUUUAUUCUCAUAACCUUAAUGUUUCAUUGAGGGGUUAUUUCCAAGGAGAAAUUAGAUGCUAGUCACUCUCAGGGGUUAAAGGGUUAAGUGUGAUUUUCGAUUUAAAGCUUAGGGUUAGGUUUUAGUCAUCAUAAGAGUAGACUUCUAGUGAAUCAGUUAUGAACCUCUGUUAGCCUUGUUCAAACUAAACGGGGCAAGUUUCUUAAGAAAUUGUGGAAAAAGAAAAAGAAACUGUGUGAAACUCCAUUCGCUCUGACGAGGGGCUAAUGCUCGAAACGUUAGCUUUGAAACUCUUUACGGUGGCCAAUUUGUAUUAUCAACUCAGUCGAUAAUACCAAAUUACCUUGUUCACAAUACUAUGGUCUUUAAAUGAAGAACCUCAAGACUUAAUUCUAGUUCUUAUCGAAUUGCUUAUUCUAACAGUAUGUUCAAGUACAUGUGGGAUGCUUGGGCUUAGAUGAAUAUGGUAGAUGAAUUCACGUGCGAGAACUUUUCGAUUAUCCAAGAUGCAAAAAAUCGUGACUUAGUUCCUUUACCUGUUGGUUACUGUUGCUGUUGUUGUUCUUUUUGUUUUUUUUUUCAUUAGUUCUGUACUCAUUUCACUUUCAUUAUUUUUCAUAUUUUGUUCCCAAGUCACAUGAAGUCGGCCCAGGUCCCGAGUUUGAGCGCGUCGGUUUUAAUCUUCUGGGCAGGAGUCCUUUGGUGUCACAUUUCCUGCGGAUGAAAGAACUGAUGGGAAAAGAAGAGCAACCAAUUCAGGCUGUAGGACGCACUGAAAUCGCCAAAUUACCGUAUCCUUUGUUUUGAAAUUAAGAAGGAGGUUUUUUGUUUCCAUGUUGAUCAAGAAUAACUUUGAUCUGCCUUUUGUCAUUUAUAGGGGAGCUAUCGUGUCGAGUUUGUCUCUGUUUGCCUACUCGCAUGAUGAAAUAAUUAUUUAGGGUGCAUUUAAUGCAUUUUAAGUGAUCAUUCUUCCAGAGCAGAUAUUCCGCAGUUCUUUCACACAAGAAAAUAACUUUUUUUUUGGACUAAUUACAUCCUUAACUCGUCCCUAGAGCUCCGGCGCCGAGCUACAAACAAGUUAUACGAGAUUGUAAAAAGACAACAAAAACGUUAAAUAAUCAUUAUCAAAGGUGAGGCACAAUAGUGUUCGAUGUAUAACUCUAAAACUCAUUCUGUUGACUAUUUCUUUAUUCUCUUCUUUUCUACACAAGUUACUAUAACGAGUACUAACUCAGACCUCUCAGGGAGAGUGUGGGUCACCGCUUAUAAAGGUGACGCUUACGGAGCUGUCAAUCUCUAACCUUCGUCAUCCUUUCACACUUAACUAGCAAAUCACGUUAAGUUAUGAAGAGCGGAGUUCGCAUACUAAUUAGGUACCUUCGAGAUGUUUAUGCUUUACAAAAUGACUUUCUACUUAAAAUUUCUUAGUCUUACGGUCCAGGUCGAACAAAACAAAAACAAUAUUUGUAAUAUAAAAAUUAUAAUGAACUUAUUAACAGAAUUAAAAUCUUACUUGAAAAGAUAUCUUAAGAGAAAAUAGUCCUCGAAGACUGUUACAUAACAGCAGAAUAAACAGAAAAUUCGGAGAAGAAAAGGUCGUACCCAAGGUACCGCCCCUAAAAGAGCUACGUGCUAUUCGUAUAAGCUACCUGAUUAUAAAUUCAGUGUGAAGAUGAAAAGUACUACAUGUUUACACCUAAAGACACCUAAGAAAAAGAGGUGUCGAACGUGCUAAAUUAAAAUUUAAGAACUAUUUACGUGGUCGGGAAUUCGACAUGGAUUUAGCCUAAAAACGAGAAUAUCAAAGAGGUAGAAGUAUAAGGAGGGUUAUUUACAGGAAAUUCCUGUACAGGAUUAAUUUUUAUAAGGUAAAGUCAUUUUCUUAGUAAUUAAACAUCUUUUAGCAACAUAAUGGAAAUAUAACGAUAUUUAGCCGCAAACCGCGGUUUACGCAAAAACAUCUGUCUCCAUGUCAAAUUUACGAUCACAAUAAGGAAAAGGAGACUGAAAUUCUACCUGUAAGAUAAGACCGCCAAAAGGAAUAAGAAAUGAUCAACUGGCUUACUACAAUGUUUUACUGAAUGGCUUAUGGUAAUAUAUUAUUUCCAUUCAUUUCCCAACACCAAUAUAAGAAAUCCUUACAAUGAUUUUAGAUUAGAUAUAUUUCUAUUUUACCGUUUAACACUAGUAUUAUUCAAGUAGUCUCCUUCUUUGAGAACAAUUGGUUUUCUUUUGCUUUGUUUUUACCUUAGUUAUUUACUUAUUUUGUUUUUACUUUAUUUAUAUACCAUCUGUAUAUCAGUUAUUUAUUUGUUUACUCGUUUAUUUCUUUUUCAAGGCCAUACUUUAACCUUUGAAUAACAUUAGUUGUGAAUUUAACUGCGAUGAUAAGUCUUCUAUUUAUAUGUUUACCCUGCAGUACAAAUAUGUCGUAUGAUCUUCAUAACUAGUGUUCUUUUAAACUUGAAUAACCGGUGGUCAAGGCAUCUGGUAAUUGUAUUUAAUUGACACUUUUUUUAGAGUCCUUGAAACAUCUGAGCAAGAGAGCUUGAAAAUCCAGAAACAGAAGCGAGCUGCGCUGGCCAAGCUUGAACGGUGAGUAAAUUGGCAAUUCGUUCCUUAUUAAUAAAAUGCGGGGGGGUAACCAUGCGAUGGACUAGCAUCCCAACCAGGAGGGAGUAGUGAUACUCCUAAUCGCUUCAUGUUAAGGAAACCGGGAUAAGCUCAGGCUGAGCGGGCCAAUAGGCUGAAGUACAGACUUUUUCUUUGCCUUGCUUUAAUGGAAUUGUCAACUUUCAGAAUAUUCUUUCUGCAAUGACACCUUUAGGAUGUUGGCACAAACUUUUUCAGAAUGAGAUGGUUUGUGGGUCAACUAGUAUUUCGUGUUAUGGCUCUAUCAAAUACACCGAUUCUAGUCUUGAGUGCUCGUAAUUCUUUUUGGGCGUUUCGUUCUGUCAUUUAUUUAUUUUUAAAUUUUGCGUCUUUAUUCACGUAUUAAAUAGUUAUAGGCAAGGUUCUGUAGUGAUAUCACUGAUCACGGUUGUCCUUUGUUUCCGUCAGCUUAAAAAAUGAUCUUGUUUUGAAAAACCAAGACAUUAAGAUGAUCAGCGAUCGACUUCUCGACUUGAUGGUAAGAGAAUUAGUUUUUUUAACACCCAGUGUCUCCGUAUCAGAAAGUCGCGAUAGAAGAGUUGCUCAAAUGUUCUCAACUACGUUUAGACCUGAAUAUCAUAGCUAUUCUGAAUUUCUACAAAAGGAUUCAAGAGAGAGGGGUCUAGAAUAUUCAGCUCGUCACGCGACCCGGGCCAAACCUCACCUUUUUGUCGACCCGACCCAAACCUCCCCUUUUUUGUCGACCCGACCCAAACCUCCUGUUUGUCGACCCCACCCAAACCUCCCCUUUUUAGUCGACCCGAUCCAAACCUCUCCUGUUUGUCGACCCGACCCAAACCUUCCCUUUUUGUCGACCCGAAUUAACCUUCCUUCGACCUUCUUUCUUAUUAUUGUUAUUAUUGGAUGAUUGAUAUUUGCCUCCCUCAGCAAAGUUUGAAAUUUGUCUCGAGAGUUCGUUUGAUUCCUGUUAUAUUGGUUAUAACAGAACGAGAUGGAGUGUCCUGUUUGGUUAAAAAAUCUAAAAUGGAAAGCACUUGGGUUACAGAUUUCUUUCUUCUGAAGUCAAUUUGCAUUUAUCUUUUUAUCUUAGACGCAGCCGGAUCAUGCUACAUCCGGGUUUCCCAAAAAUGCUUUAGAGCAGUCAUCCGACGAUGACACGUGACAACCCACUUACUGUAUAUGUGUGUCAUGAGACAAUAUGUUUGCAGUGUAAUUUAAAACCAUAAGUUCGCUUCGAGAAGUGUAAAUAUUCUCCCACUGAUAAGCAUCAAUAUUUUGUGGCUAGAGUUGUCAGUUGUAAUCCGUUUAAGGAUUUGAAUUACGCUUUAACACGUUUGCAUCUUUUUGUAACCCGCCUGUUGAAGAUAUGUACAGCGUUCCAUCAUUUAAAUGAUGUAAUUUUUGAAACCUUGUUUAUACACUGAAGAUGUUGAAAUAAUU